AUGGCCGAACAAACUCCUCGCGUCAACGCUUCCAUCCUUGAGCAAUUCACCCACCGCACAGUCCGCAUCUUGGGCAAGGUCACACAGCUGAGAGGCGAGGAAGCCACUAUUGAUGCCGGCGGUCAAAUCAAUGUACACCUGAACAGAGAGGCACAUCUUACAGUCAAUCACGCAGUCGAGAUCAUCGGAAAAGUGCAACAAGACUUGAGCGUCCGCGUUCUCACCAGCACAGACUUUGGCGACAACAUUGACUUCUCACUCGCCGACGCCGUGGUAGACGCCACACACCGCUACAACGAAAUCUUCUACACAAAAGAGUGA